GUAAGGUAGGACCGAGACUGUGCGGAAAGAAAAGCGCUUGAGGCAGGGAGAGCGGCUGUCUGGGGUGGGGACUCGAAGCCAAGCCCCCGCCGCCAGCAGCAGGAAGAGGCUGGGGCUGAGGGCCGCCCGAGGGAGCGAACACUCCAGUGCGGGGCGGGGUCUGUGCUGGGCUCGGGAGCCCGGACGCCUGGGUUCUCUCCCGGCUGGCUACUCUCGGAGAGCCGCAGAGUGUGGAAGAUCCAGGACUGCCCUUCUGUUUCUGAUCCCGCUGUUGUGGCCUGUAAGAUGUCAUUCCGCCACGGGCUGCGACUGCUGUACAGUCAGCCGUGUCUGUUCUCUAGAGAACUAAACAGACCUUGGUGCAGAUACGUUUCCAACAGUUUGGCACUUAGCUCAGAGAAAAGAGCAUCAGAUUUCAAUAGCUUUGUGGCUCGGACCAACACUUGCGGAGAGUUGCGUUCUGCUCAUGUGGGCCAAGAGGUCACCUUGUGUGGAUGGAUUCAGUACCAAAGACAGGGCCUGUUCCUGGUUCUGAGGGACUUCCAGGGGCUGACACAAAUCAUCAUUCCACAGGAUGAGGCACAUUCCCAUGUUAAGAAGGUCUUGUAUGAUGCCCCUCUGGAAUCUGUUGUGAGGGUAACUGGGACGGUCAUCUCUCGGCCCCCAGGGCAGAAGAACCCGAGAAUGCCGACAGGCGACAUUGAAGUGAAUGUGAAGACAGCUGAGGUCCUGAAUUCCUGCAAGAAGCUGCCCUUUGAAAUUAAAGACUUUAUCAAGAAAUCUGAGGCCUUGCGCAUGCAGUAUCGCUACUUGGACUUGCGCAGCUUCCAGAUGCAACAUAACCUGCGGCUGAGAUCGCAGAUGGUUAUGAAAAUGCGGGAAUACCUCUGUAAUCUCCAUGGGUUUGUGGAUGUAGAAACUCCAACACUAUUUAAGAGAACUCCAGGGGGUGCAAAGGAAUUUGUGGUACCUUCCAGAGAGCCUGGAAGGUUUUACUGUCUGCCACAGAGUCCUCAGCAGUUUAAGCAGCUCCUGAUGGUUGGAGGUCUGGACAGGUACUUUCAGGUUGCUCGUUGCUAUCGAGAUGAAGGUUCAAAGCCAGAUAGGCAGCCUGAGUUCACUCAGAUCGAUAUUGAGAUGUCGUUUGCAGACCAAGCUGGGAUCCGGAGACUGAUUGAGGGCCUGCUCCAGUAUUCCUGGCCUAAUGAGAGCGGCCCUAUUACCACCCCUUUCCCUUCCAUGAGCUAUGCUGAGGCAUUGGCUGAGUAUGGGACCGAUAAGCCAGACACUCGCUUUGGUAUGAAGAUAACUGAUGUCAGUGACGUGUUUAGGAGGACGGAAAUCGGAUUUGUGCAGAAUGCUGUCAACAAGCCCCAAGGCUCUGUCAAAGCCAUUUGCAUUCCUCAGGGAGUGAGACAUCUUCAAAAUAAAGAUUUUGAGUCUUUAAAGGAAUCUGCAAAAUCCCAGUUUAAUCAGGAAGUUUUACACUUGAUCCUGAAGCCUGAUGAGAGCUUGAAAUCUCCACUCAGCAAGUUUCUCAGUGAGGAGCAGCAGUCGGAACUCAUCCAAGCACUGAAGGUCCAGGCAGAUGAUGUGGUGCUGCUGGCAGCUGGAGAGCAUGAAAAAGUGUGCUCGGUGUUAGGAAAUAUGCGCUUGGAGUGUGCAAACUUUCUGGAGUCGAGAGGCCUGGUGCUCCGUGAUCCCGCUGCUUUUCACUUCCUGUGGGUGGUGGAUUUCCCGCUAUUCCUUCCCAAGGAAGAAAACCCUGCAGAACUGGAAUCUGCUCAUCACCCCUUCACGGCCCCUCACCCGUCAGACACUGGACUCCUGUACUCUGAGCCUGCAAAGGUCCGUAGCCAGCACUAUGAUCUUGUGCUGAAUGGCAGUGAGAUUGGAGGUGGUUCCAUCCGAAUCCAUAAUGCAGAGCAGCAACGUUUUGUUCUUGAGACAGUGCUGAAGGAGGAUCCUGAGCUGCUUUCCCACCUGCUUGAGGCUUUGAAGUGUGGAGCGCCCCCUCAUGGAGGAAUUGCUUUAGGACUUGACAGACUGAUCUGUCUCGUGGCUGGAGCUCCAAGUAUUCGAGAUGUCAUUGCAUUCCCCAAAUCCUUCAAGGGACAUGACCUUAUGAGCAACGCUCCAGAUUACAUCACCCCUGAGGAACUAGAGCCAUACCACAUCCAGGUUGCAUGGCCUGCGGCAGAAGCAGAGGCAAACAAGAACUGACUCAGAGCAAGUGAUUGUACCUGAUCCUACUGUCAGCAUUGUUCCCACUCUGCCUUCCAAGGGCAGAAAACAUCAGCUGAUGUAGGGCAUAUACUAUGGGUCAUACCACUGAACUUCCAGAAGAUAAUAGUGACUACUUCCCUUUGGGAGGGAGGGAAGGAUGAAUUGAAGAGCAAAGGAAAAAAACCAGGUUGCUUUUCUCUCUCUAACGUAGUACAGAGGGGAAGGUUGGGACCACUGGCAUGGGGUGUGGUGGCGGGUUUGGUAUUUCUUUUUAUUUUGAAAUGUACCUAGUGGAGAAUGGAAAAGAUCACCUAGAAAAGAUCAAGUCUUAGCUUCUUUUUCAGAUUACCUGUAUCAUGAGAAUCAUGAAAUCAUGGUUAGCUGAGGACUAGACUUUCCUGUUAGAACAGAGCGCCCUGGGCUGAGAGCCACAUACAGCCUAUGGAGAGCCCUAAACAUGGCCUGGGGCUGUCCUCUUCCUGUAUCUGCAGGAUGAGGAUAAAACAGCUCAACUACAGCUUACUGCUCAUGAACUCAACAAUGACCAGUAUCUGCUCACUUAUUGAGAAGCACAUAGAUUGUCCAUUUAUCUUUUUAAAAAUCAUGUAUGCCUGUGAGUAUGUGCAGCCCUUGGGAACUUGGCAAGUUACAAAUGCUCUUGGGUCUUGCAGUUUUGGUUGUCCUUGUAAUAGCCCCAAAUGGAAAGUAGAUCUGUGUUGGGGCCUGUGGUCCUGGUGCUUUUAUAUUUAUCUUUCUAAACUUUUAUGUUUGUAAAUAAAGUUCAGUCCAGGAAACAAGG